ACCAGCAGCAGUAUCAGCUCCACCACUAAUCACACAACAUUAACAUAACUAGCUACUACGAGCUAACCUGGCUAGCUACCCCGUUUCGCUUUUGAUUUACCACACACUCGGACUUGCAAACCUACAAGGAAACAAAGGCGGAAUUCGCAGGCAGUGCAGAGCGGGGGGACACCAUCCCGGUCACACACAGUUUAUCGUGGCCUCUCCUUGCAUCCAGCUGGCAGGAUAGUCGGGCUAGCGACGAGCUACGAGCUACGAGCUCUACCUUGGCUACCGCUAGGCUAGCCAGCUAGCUAGCUAGCUACUAGCAGGCUGUAGCAACUUGCGUCAUGGAGGAGCUGGUCGUGGAAGUGAGGGGCACAAGUGGGGCUUUUUAUAAGGCCUUUGUGAAGGAUGUUCACGAGGGAUCAGUCACUGUGGCGUUCGAAAACAAUUGGCAGCCGGAGCGUCAGAUCCCAUUCCAGGAUGUGCGUUUUCCUCCUCCGACGGGAUUCUGCAAGGACAUAAACGAGAGCGAUGAGGUCGAGGUUUAUUCCAGAGCCAAUGACAAGGAGCCAUGUGGAUGGUGGCUGGCCAAGGUUCGCAUGGUCAAAGGAGAGUUUUACGUAAUAGAGUACGCCGCGUGCGACGCCACAUUAAACGAGAUCGUGACGCUGGAGAGGUUACGGCCUGUCAAUCCAAAUAAACCAGCCACAAAAAACACCUUCAUUAAGAUCAGACUGGACGUCCCCGAGGAUCUACGGCAGAUGUGCUCCAAGGAAUCCGCACACAAAGACUUUAAAAAGGCGGUGGGUGCGUUCAGCAUCACCUACGACUCGGAGAAAAAGCAGCUCGUCAUCCUGUCGGUGAAUGAAGUCACAACAAAGCGGGCCAAUAUGAUGAGUGACAUGCACUUCAGGAGCCUCCGCACCAAACUGUCUCUCAUGCUGAGGAACGAGGAGGCCAGCAGACAGCUGGAGAGUUCCAGACAGCUGGCGUCGCGGUUUCAUGAACAGUUUGCCGUUCGGGACGAUUUGAUGGGCCUGGCCAUCGGGACUCACGGGGCCAACAUUCAGCAAGCGCGCAAAGUUCCUGGAGUCACCAACAUCGACCUGGAUGAAGAAACAUGCACCUUCCACAUAUACGGAGAGGACCAGGAUGCUGUCCGUAUAGCCAGGAGUUUCCUGGAGUUUUCUGAAGAUGUCAUCAAAGUUCCCAGAAACUUAGUUGGUAAAGUCAUUGGAAAGAACGGCAAACUGAUCCAGGAAGUGGUUGAUAAGUCGGGCGUGGUGCGGGUUCGUAUCGAGCCUGAAAACGACAAAAAACCCUCAGUGGCAGCAGCAGCGGCAGCCGCAGCAGACGAGGGAAUGGUGCCAUUUGUGUUUGUGGGAACCAAGGAGAGCAUCUCCAAUGCUACUGUACUGCUAGACUAUCACCUCAACUACCUUAAGGAGGUGGAUCAGUUGCGCCUGGAGCGUCUCCAGAUUGACGAACAGCUACGACAGAUAGGAGGAGGAGGCGGAGGAGGGGGGACGGGGCAGCGAAACCUCAAAGACAAGACCUACGUGUUCGAUAACGGGAUGGGGCUGGGGAUGGGGAGAGGAGGCGGAGGAGGCGGCGGAGGAGGAGGAGGGAAGCCCUACGCAGGCGGGGGAGGAAGAGGCGGACGAGGGCGGAGAGGUGGAGGAGCUGCUUUUGCCUCAGGCACCAACUCGGAGGCAUCCAACGCUUCGGAGACGGAGUCGGACCACAGGGACGAGCUCAGUGAUUGGUCGCUGGCCCCCACCGAGGAGCUGAUGACAGGAGGCGGGACGCUGCCCAGACGGACAGAUGGGAGGAAGAGAGCGGGCGGCGGAGGACAGAGGGGACGAGGAGGGAGAGGAAGAGGAGGGGGAGGAUAUAAAUGUGAUGACAUGCAGUGGAGCGAGCCAAGACCUCGUCACAUAAGAGAUCCUAAGACAAGAGGGCCAGAAGACACCCUACAGAUCCGCGUGGAUGGAAACAACGAACGUAGCGUACAGCACUCCUCAGGUGUGCGAGGGGGAGGAGGCGGAGGAGGAGGAGGUGGUGGUGGUGGAGGAGCAGGAGCAGGAGGAGGAGGAGGAGGAGGGCCUUCCUCAUCCCAGGGUGUUAUCAGCGAGGGCCAGUCCCGCCAUCACCAUCCGAGACCCAUCAGAGACCGAGGGAUGAAGAAGGACAAACAGGACGCUCCUGCACUGGUGAACGGAGUGUCGUAGAUGCACCACUGGAGGACCUUCCCACCUAGACACACUCAGAAACACACAAACAUGCAUACACACACACACACACACACACACACACACACAAACACACACACACACACACAGGCAACUCAUCAUAAACCAUCAUAGAGUCUCAGUGUCUGGCUUCUUGUUUUUCUGUCUUUGUCAAACACAAGAAUACACACAUUUCCAUCAGCAUGGAAGCGUUUACCGUAGUGAAGUCUUAGACCAGAGCUGGUCUGGUGUCUGGUCUGGUUGCUCUUCUCUGGAGUAAAUGAAGCAGUAUCUUUUUUUUUUUUUUUGUUGUUGUUGUUGGACAAAAGGAAAAGAAGAAGAGGGAGUGAUUAAAGCUCAUCUCUCACAGCAGCAUUAACCCCAAACAUGUUCACUACCCGUUUACUUUAAAUCCGCUUUUUUUUUUUUUUUGCCGCAUUUCGACUCAUGUGAAGGCAAACUAAAGCAAAUCAUUGGUCGGCAGGAAUCGAAACAUGUGUUCCUUUUCUUUUUCUGCUGCUGCACACUUAAAAAGGAUUUGUAGUAAAAAUGGGGAUCGAUGGAGAAGAUCUGGAAACGCAGCUUUAGGAGGCGUCUUCAGACGUUUCCAACGGUUGAGUUAUUUGCUGUUUGGUCUUCUCUCCAUCCCGAAACAUUUGAACUUAACUAUUAUGUUUCAAGAUACAGAAAUAGUCCAGUGUCAGCCAAAUAACUCGUACAUGUUGGGGGGGGGAAAUGCAUCGCUGUGGGAGUCCCGACCUGGAGGCGUUCGUAGAGGGCACUUUACUUUUCGUUUUCUUCAGAAGUUCAAAUCAUCCAUGUUUCAGAAUUAAAUAGGUAUGCACGCUAGCUAAAACAGAUUUAUCUCUUUGUUGAAAUCAUCUUUGUUUUGUUUCCCGUUGCCUAGAUUAAAAUUCCUCUCCGGUUUCUUUGACCGUGACACAGAAGCAUAAAUUCAAACAAAAAAAAAAAAAAAAUGAAUGACAAAUGGAGAGACAUAAAUCUGAGGCACUUUGAUGCAGAUCCCAAGAGCGUUUGUCAGGGUACACAAUGUCAUGAACUGCUGUUCUAUUUUUUAAAAAAAGAUGAAUUGUUCACCUGUCACACGACUCUGCAACGACCAGUUUAAACCUAUCGAUUCACACUUGUAUACAGUUUUAAAAAAACGCCUUUAAUACACAAAAUACUGCUGUCUUUACACUCUUUAGGCUUCUUGAAAUGUUUGCUGUGGUUUUCAUCUGCAGUGACCCUUUGGUGUUUUUGUUUUUUUUUGUUUUUUGUUUUUUUUUUACAGUGAGGUACUUUUCUCCCAAUAUUCAUUCAUCUCUUACUCACCAGUGGGGGGGCCGUCGGCUAGAUGUACGUCGGCUCCCUCCAGUUACUUAGACUUAGCAAAAGCAGAUGCACUAACUGUUUUUCCGACAAACAGUACAUGAAGCAUAUCGAGCGUCUUAACUCCUGUCACCUGAGCUCUUUAUAAUUUAUAAAAAAAGUCGUUGUAUUUAACUUUGUUUUUUUUCCAUUAGAGAACCUCUUUUAAGUGUAACUGUAGAGGACGUUAACAAAAGCAAAAUAAAAAUUUGGUUGUUUCGUUAUUCUUCCCUGGUUUUCCAGCUUCGACCUGUCCCUCUUCUUUUCUUAAACAUUUAUUUGUGCCUUAUUUCGUCUUGUCGUCCGUUGGCUGCUUUCUCUGAAUGGCAGAACAGGUUCGCUGAAGUGGUUUGGUUUGGUUAAAACAAAAAAAAAAAAGUGUUCACAACAGUUAUGGAGCUGGUCAGUUUGUUGCCACUGCUCAUUAUUCCUUUGGGUCCUAAUGAAGCUUAUUUAUGCUUGUGCCUUGGAUUUAUGCUCCUCCAUUUCUUUGAAAAAAAAAACAAAACAUAUAUAUAAAUAUAUAUACUGCCUGUUGCUUUACAUCCCUUAUUUGAAAUCUCAAAGAUGGGAGUUUAUUUGACUCUGUUCCUCUUGUGUUUUAAAUCUUAAGGGCAGGCAGUGUAAUAUGACAUAUGCAUUUUUUGUCCCAGAGCAGGUCCAGUUAUCUGGGCUUCUUCUGCUCGGAGCUAGAGCUCUGUGACACGCUGACACAAACGAAAAGAGGAUUAGACGGUUCUGUCUCCAGGUAGCCGGCGGUGGCUUUGUCUUAACCAGCGCAGACAUGCAGGAAACGAAGGAACGCGGCGGAACAAACGAUGUGUUGACUCCGAGCUCUCGUCCUGAGGUGUUCCCACCCGCUGUCGGGUUGGCGCCUCGGAGAGUCACUGACUUAAAUAUCCAACGUGAAGGAUCCUUAGUGUUGCUGUCGAAAUAACGAGUGCGCUGUUUAUGUGGCAGGAAAGCCUUUUUUAGAGAAAACAUGUACAUUCUUAGUUGUCCAAAUUGUCCUAAAAUUAAAGCAACUGCAGUAACUUUGAUGGUCUAGUGUAGAAAGAUUUGGUGGAUUUGUGAUGAAAAAGGAAACUUAUGAUAGAAUAACAAUACAUAACUCUGUCACUGUAAAACAAACAAAAAAAUAUCCUCAAGGUUUCUCUGUGCAUUCGUAAGCUUAACACAAAUACUGUAUCCACUAUAUUUGGACCAGCACCUUAGCUUGAAUCUUCCCGUGUUCCUAUACUUAGAAGUCUCAUUUGUUCAGUUGGUUGUACCUGUUAAUGUUGGGCUCCUUUAGGAAUAAUCUAUGAAAUUGUCAUGUAUUUAAAAUAUCCCUUUUUUUAUGCUAGUUUUUAAAAAGAAAGUUUGGGAAACAUCUGUUGUGUUCACGGUAAAAGUUCAUGAAGACUUUCUUGUGCUUGAGGUGCUAAGCUAAAGACUCCAAAUCCAUGCAUUUGUUCAAUACCUGUUACUAAAAUCUUUUUCACCAUUUAAGGUUUCACCGAUGCUCUUUCAAUGGCGACCAGCUGACAAACUGUCCCCCACCAGCAGCGAACCAAUUGGAUGAAAAUAGUUGAAAAGUUGAGUUCAAAUGUGUGUUUGUACUCAACUAAGCAGAGGUGACUCUAGGCCAGUAAGCAGCAGAAAGUAUUUCCCAAAAUGUCAAACAAGAGAGCGUUAUCAGUUGGCGUAAGAAAACAAACGACGCGUGAGAGUUUUAAAAGAAAGAUUAAAGUGGCAGGUCCAUCGCUAGAAAGCUUCGAAUGUUCAGGGAAACCUUAACCACAUUUUGUGUGACAUGUGCCUUUAAUUGUGGCUAGUAUCACAGCCUAGACAUGUAAAUCAGGGAUGAUGAGACGUUGAUCGUGGACCAGAUGUGCGAAGGCUGCUAUUUCCUGAGGCGUCCUAAUCGUCGUGAGUUGCUGAUGGUCGGUGGUUGAUGAGUUGGACGAUCGGGAAAUAGCCUUCUGUUAAAACUCCUGGUCCUUUUUUAAAGACGCCGAAGUUGUCGUGACCUUGUACAGUUGAUGAACAAGCCUGUAGCUCGUGACCUGGUUCAACUGAUCUAUGAAAUGGAUUCAGUUACUUUUGUACGGUUCAUGACCUUGAUCGGCUUCUUUCGCACCAAAACGGAGACAUUUCUCCACAGUACGGCGGGACGCGGAGUAACCUUACCCUGCAUCUCUAUUUCAUAACGGAGACAUGAAGGAACUGAAGAGGUUUCUGAGGUUGAGCCAGGUCUUUUUCUUUACCGGAACUAUGUGUACUUUUCUAGUCUUGCGACAUGCAUGUACAUCUUGAUUUUGGAUUUUGGAUUUUGAAGGCAUUCAAUAGGUUUUUGGACACUUGUUACAUAAGAUAUAAGUUUAGCUUUUUAAUCAGUGUUACUUUGACUCAUUUCUCCCUUGUCUGAGUUGGGCUAACAUAGUUGGUGAGCUGCAUUAACAUCUUGUGUCUGUGAACGAGAAAACCAUCACCCUAGAGUCAGCGACACAAGAAACUUUUUAGGAAAUGUCAGGAAACGGUUACAUAACGUGAGUAAUGAAUAAUGAAACAGGCUUUUUUCCGUUUUUCUUUUAGAAGUUAUUUGUUUUUUUCUUUUUCAGAAAGUGGGUGUCCAUUUCUCUCUCAGUAACCUGUUAGGACCUUUGCUUUCACUUGCUGUUCACGCUGCAGCCAUGAACAACAAAUGGCUCGAGUGAAAGUAACCUCUAUAUUGUCAAUAAAGCAUCAGCCGUACGGAGUUGCUUUGUAUUGUUAAAAAAACAAAAAAACAAACAAAAAAAUGAUGGUAAAAACGAAGGGAAGGUGGCAUAAUGUAUAUAAUGAUGUCAUUAUUUGUCUGAGAAAAGAUUUGUACUAUUGUUUCAAUGUGCACUUAUCUUUUUUUUUUUUUUUUUGCUGUUUAAUAUCAGUUAAAUGUUAGAGCUCUUGAUAAUAAACUUAAAAGAUGUGUGGAAAGAAAAAUAGCAUCAUCCUCCAUAGCAGGACUGAGUCACGCUCAGCCGUCAUUAAUAAUGAGAUGUCCAUUGUGCUGCAGAACUUGAAACCUGACAGGGGAAGAAAAAAAAAAAAAUCAAGCCCGGGCUGAAUUAAUUAUGAAAGCCACGCAUAUGAAUUUUGACUUGAUAUGGUUUAACUUUGAUUCAAGGAGAGCUUCAGGGUUGGCUGGCACGACUGAUGGUAUUUUUAGUACAUUUUCAGCAAAGUUGUACCUUCAUUUUCUAGUUAAAAGUUGGCGCUACAAUUAAAUACUUCAAUAUAUGCACCGCAGCUUAAAGUCAUACUCCAUCCAGUGUGUUACAUUAAUGAUUAAUGAUUGGAUGUCUUAUUUGGUUUAUGAUACGUUAUCAAAUGUCCUUUCUCAACUUGGGUUCUUGGUAAUUGUUGACACUUUGGCCACAUUUUAGGAAAAAUAUUUGAUCAUUUGGACUUGUGAAAUCAUGCUAUCUUGAAAUCAACUAACAGCAACUGAUAAGAGUCCACUUCUGAGAGCAAUUUUUCAGUUGGUAGUGCAUACAAUCGUGUCACCUAAACUAAUGUUCUUGAAUCAUCCGUCACUAACUGAGCUAUCAAAACGGUGACUGAGCCUCUGGCCCUCUGUCUGAUGAAAUAAUAUGAAAGACCUUGUGUUUACAGUAUUUGAUAGUUCAGUGUCUGUGGAGGCGUCCAUCAACCCAACAGUUAUCUUUCUGCAACAGACAGAAGACAUGCUAACGUCAAACUGACUGACGAUGCCUUGAUGUGGACAAUUUGGUCCCCAAGGAAGUGAGGUCCGUCCCAUGCGAUUACCACUUGUGGCCAUGGGUUUCACUAAAGAGAACAAAACAGUGUUUUUGGCAAAUUUUGGAUGGAGUGUGAUUUUAAGAUAAAAACCCACCAAAAUAGUGUUGGUACAUACAGUUUGAAGGCAUAGCUUGACAGUUUGGAAAUCAAGCUCAGACUAGAUGUCAACAUCAAACGUGUGUCUGUGCGCCAACAGCUGCUGUCAGGAGGCAAUUAGGACUAAAAGCUAGGUUGACAAGUUCAGAAACAGAAUUUAAAUUAAAUUUUCAUUUUGAACACAAACUGAUAUGUUAAAGUUGUGGUAUUCCAUGGGUGGAGAGAUCUUUAGUCGCGGUAGUGUUUUUUCUGCCAUGUUAAGCCAUCUACUGGCUCCUUGACACUAAACUUGAAGAAGGCACACAUUGGUCUACUUUGUAGCAUGUACUGGCUUUGGUAAAACUUUUGCCUCUUAGAGGAACUGAAGUAACAUAUGGGAGUAAUGUGUAUGGUGGAUUUUCACUUUUAUUUUAGGACGGUAAAUGUGUCAGCGUUCCAUUGUACAGAGACCCAGAUAAUUUGAAUCCAGCUCCAUUUGUUAGUCACCACGGUGUUGAAUAAUGAGUGUUUCAUUUAAAUUCCUUUAACCUCUUAUUGUUUUCUCUUUGACUUGUGUAAAGUUUUCCUACGGUGAAGCCAGCAGUGUGCUGGCGUUGAGACUUAUCUCACAAACAACAGUUCCUCUCGAACUGACUGAAGAACCUUGUACGUGUUUGGUAAUUUUGGAAGGCAUAAGAGACUUUGUGUCAACAAAGGUCUGACCUUCGCAGCAGCUCUGUUGUGUCACGCCAAGAGACAGUGAACUUCUUGCUACUGUGCUACUGUGGCUGUGCUUCAACAUGCUUUAUUAUUGGUGUAUUUUUUUUUUUUUUUUUUUUUACCAAACACCAGGCCCAGAGGCGAUGUUUUUAACUGGAGGAAAGCAAACUAAUUUUGGGCAAAUGUUUUCUGGUUCCUGCUUUGGUUGGAAUUUCAGAGCUGUUACUAUGAAACUGUAAUGCAAGGAUGUGUACUAUAGUGGAGAAUGUUCUUUUAAACAAACAUGAGAGAGGACUGUUGCAUGCUGACCUGUUGGGUUCACUGAAAAAGGUACCAAGGAAGCAUUUACAUGAAAGUGGCAUAUAACUUACUGGUUGUGACAUUGUUAUCCAGUUCUGCUGUUUUCUAGUGACCUACCCUGGAUACUAACUGAAGAGCAUAUUCAUGAUUUUAACACAAAAAAACAGACGCUAGUAGGUCUGCCUGGUAUCUCUAGCCCAUUGGAAACAUGGUCAUGAGGAAAUUAUCAAUGGAGACAUUUCCUUGGAAGUACAUUUGUGAACCAUGUGGUUUUCCAAACCAAAGUUUUAAGACAUGAAACGGUGUACACUGUGUACAUUUUGACUCAUCCUUGCAGUGCAAGACGUCAUAGAGGGUACCUACUGGAAAUGACUCAAAGGGAUCCCAAAUGGCGCCAUGACGAACACUGCAGAGAAUGUUUAAGUUUUAAAUAUGUACUGUUCUUAAGAUUGAGCUUAUUGCACUGCUUUUGUGUGACAUGGUCUUCAGUACAGUUCUCCCCAGUAAAUUACAACAUUCAUACUGGGAUUGCAUUGACGGGUUGUCCGGCAAACUGCUCGAGACAUUUUUGAUCUUCUUAUCGCUGUCAUUGUGAAUGAACUGUUAUAACUGGCAGUGGAACUCAUUUUGAUUGCGAGUUUCUGUUUUACAGAAGGAAAGGGAGUUUCAUGUCAUUUGACGAAACAGUUGUAGGAUACUUUUCUCAAGAAACAUUGCUAUGCUGAAAGCGUUUUCCUGCAAAGUGUGGACUGGUAGCAGUUUUUUCUUGAUUCAGCUUUCUUCAGCUGUCAUGGUCUUCUUGAGUAGUGUGCGGUUCUAAUGUUCUGGCACACAGAGUGUGUAUUUUUACCCAUAGUCCAAUGAACUCCAGAACGGGAGUGCUAAUGAUUGCAAUCAUUUGCCGUGGACAACAGAUUUAACCAGUUCAUACUCUUAAACCAACAGCACAGUGUUGUGUUGUCAUGUGAAUGUGAUCCCGUCAACGAAGUAUGGACCAAAACCUUGAGUUUUGACCGUAUACCCCAAAGUGAUGCUCCAUGAACAAGAACAAACACUGUGCAUGUCAAACUUACAAGGAUAAACUCAACUCAACUCAACUUUGAACUGAGAACUACCUGUCGAGGUCCUGUUAACUGAAAUACGAACUCAUGCAACCAUUUUGCAUCCCUCUCUCAAUAAGCAUAGUUUAUGAGCAACAAGCUUAACAUAAGACGACCCAAAAUUGUCCUCGUCACCAGUCGACAGUAGACGUCAGCGGACGUUUAUUUGCAGAAUGUGUAUAACGUCUACAAAUACUAACUAGACAGGUUGUUCAAUAAUAGUGCCAGAAAGUGAAGACACAAAGAGAAUCUGUAGAUACUUCAACCAGGGUAGUCAGAAAAGCUGUAAAACCUUGUGUGCACUUUUGGGCAUUUUUUGUUUUGUUUUGUUUUGUUUUCUUUUGUACAUACUACUAGCAUUUAAGAUGUUUGGGUUGACAUGUCUGGUAAUAGUGCAAUAUAUUUUGUAUGCAAGCGGUUUCAAUAAAUAAAGGUCGAUCUUCCUCCGUUA